AUGGAGUUGUCAAGCAGCAAUGAAACUGAUCAGUCGACCGAUCUAGCAGGAAUAACGGCCAGUUUAGUGUUGGGCUCUGCUUUCCUUAUCGGAGUUCCAGGCAAUUUCUUAGUCAUCUGGAUUAUACUCUGUACCAUGAGGCAGCGAUCUCCCACUGUAGUGUUGAUACUAAACCUGGCCGUUGCUGACUUCCUGGUACUGAUCACCUUGCCUCUGUGGAUUUAUGCCUUCUUAAACAGCUGGGACUUUGGACAGGCUAUGUGCAAGAUUAUUUCCUACAUUGUUUGCUGCAACAUGUACAUCAGUGUGUUCCUCAUCAUGAUGAUGAGCAUCGACCGCUUCUUGGCUGUGCUCUAUCCAUUUGUUAUCCAAAAGUGGAGGAAGAACCAUGUUGUUGUUAAAACGGUGCUUGUAGUUUGGAUCUUGGCUUUUCUCUUCUCCAUUCCAAUCUUAUUGGUUCAGGAGAUAGACACGGACCCCAGUGGGAAUCAACAAUGUUUCUAUAGAAAUUACUCUUCAGAUGGACAGCAGAAAGCAGUCCAGGUUUUAGAGAUUGUGGUCUCUUUCGCAAUCCCUUUCACAGUGCUGACUGUCUGCUAUGUCUGCAUCGUCAGAAAAAUCAAGCAGAUGAACUUCACUCGUCCCAACAACACAGGCAAAGUGAUCGUCAGUAUCAUGGUGGCGUUUUUCAUCUGCUGGGUGCCUCACCACCUCGUCAACAUGAUCUCCACCACAGCGCUGUUGAUGAAGAACUCGGACAAGGACAUGUCAGACGCACUAGAGAAUGCUGUUGAACAUGUAGUCCAUAUCGUAGGUGCUUUGACCUUUAUCAAUAGCUGCGUGAACCCUAUACUUUACGCUUUCGCCGCCCGGAAAUUUCAAAGUGGUUUACGAGCAUCCAGCUUCGCCAGGUUAUUUGAUCAGCUGACACAUUCCAUCAAAGAUGAUUCCAGGAGGGAAACCGUAAUUAAAACAGGAACCGAGAUUAGCCUCACUAUGCAGGAAAUGCAUUCUCUGCAGACCACUUUUCUUCAGCCAAGUUCAUUAGCACUCAAGAUGGGGCCGGUUAAUGAAUCUCUCAGCAGCAAUGGAACGUAUGACUCAAUGGAUGAAAUUCAAAAUAUAGUUGCCAGCGUCAUCCUUGGACUGACCUACAUUAUUGGAGUUCCGGGGAACUUACUAGUUAUCUGGGUCAUUGUGUGGAAGAUAAAACAACGGUCUCCCACUGCCUUGCUGAUCCUCAACCUAGCAAUAGCUGAUUCCGUUGUUCUGAUCACAUUGCCCCUGUGGAUCUAUGCAAUCUCAAAUGGCUGGAUCUUCGGAGAAGCUUUGUGUAGAAUUCUGCUCGUCUUGAUUUAUUGCAACUUGUACGGCAGCGUGUUCUUCAUUACACUGAUGAGCAUUGACCGUUUCAUGGCUGUAAUCUACCCAUUUGCCUCACAAAAGUGGAGGAAGAAUGCUUUUGUUGCCAAAGUAUUGGUGGUUGUGUGGUCAUUAACUUUACUCCUGGCUCUUCCUGCUUUGUUCAGUAACAAAGUAGAAGUUACCGGCGAUCACCUCCAAUGUGUGCUUCAUCUCUACGAGUCCGACACACUGCAGAUUAUAUGCCUUGGAUUGGAGACUUCGGUUGGAUUUGCAAUUCCGUUUACAGUGCUCACGGUGUGCUACAUGUGUGUUGGAAAAAGGGUAAAGCAAAUGACUUAUAAGAAGAAAAAUCAGACAUCAAUGCUGAUUGCAAGGAUUGUGAUAGUUUUUGUUGUUUGCUGGUUUCCUUACCAUUUGUUCAACCUGCUUGAAAUCGCUUCCAUCCUGAUAGAAACGACGGAAGUAUCAACGCGAUUCAAGCAUAUUUCUGACACUGGAUCAUAUCUUUCAGGAGCUUUGGCAUUCAUUAGCAGCAGCAUUAACCCCUUACUCUAUGCAUUUGCUGCUCGCAAUUUUCGACAAGGCUUUCUAUCUUCAAAGCUGGCAAAGGUGUUUGAGCAAAUGAUCGAAAACACAAAAGAAGAAUCCACCAAAGAAGACAUUAAUAUGCUGCAAAAGGAAAGUGGCUCCCUGGUUAAUGAUCUGGAAUCCCAGAGCAAUAUGUAAUCCUCUGGUAUGUUGUUAAUGACGAGUUGUUCAAGAUUAUUAUUGCCAAAGAAACUGCCCUGAGGUUUAGAAAAACAUACAGUACAAUUGUUGUUGUUGCAAUAAAGGAAAUUCACAAUAACUAGCUGAGUAGAAGAAACUGGAUACUUGCUACUACUUACAAUACCAUAAUACUUUUAUACUGUCGACAUAACAAGUAACUUGUACUAUAUUGCUACAUUUAUCUCUUAAAAUGCUGGUUUGAAUAUGUUCUUGACUGCACUGUGGUUAAAAUAACACCAACUUGGAUGAUAAUAAAAGUGUUUUUA